CAGUAUUGUAUUGGGCUACCAGAGACUUUGGCCUGGCAUGGCCCAUUGUUUAAACACGACGAUGGCAGGAGCUGCGCCGUCGGGCCGCGACUCGAUCGGGUCCAUCAUGCACGAGUUCGUCGACUCGUUCCCGAUCGACGUGGACGCGCGGCAGUCAAUCUCGGACCUCGGCAAGGUCCUCUUCACCGAGAGCCAAAAGCCCGCGGACGCCAACGCGCCGAAGAAGCCGUAUCAAAUGCCCAAGGAGAUCAAGGGCAUCCCGCGCCAGAAGCAGCAAGACGUCACGGGCAUCACCGCGUCGGGCCGCGUGGCCUUGCCUCAAGGCUCGGUCCGCAAGCUGUUGCAGACACAAGGCAAGGCGACGCCGAUGCGCUGGACGCCCGAAGAAGACGAUGCGCUCCGAAAAGCGGUCGAGGCCCAUGGCGAGCGCAAUUGGAAGUCCAUUGCCGAGGUCGUGCCCGGCCGCAACCACACGCAGUGUCUCCAGCGCUGGACCAAAGUGCUCGCGCCGGGCCUCAUCAAGGGCCACUGGCGACCGGACGAAGACGACAUUCUGCGCCAACUGGUCGCCGAAGGUCGCAAGAACUGGGGCCAAGUCGCGACGCGGAUUCCCGGCCGCACGUCCAAGCAGUGCCGAGAGCGCUGGUACAACCACUUGGACCCAAACAUCGUGCGUGGCGAGUACACGGCCGAGGAAGACCAGAUCAUCUUGGAAGCGCAGCAGCGAAUCGGAAACCGGUGGUCGGCGAUCGCGGCGAUGCUACCGGGCCGCACGGAGGACGCCGUCAAGAUUCGAUGGAAGUCGCUGUGCCGCACCAAGUCGGGACGCAACCGUCGCAACACGAACGAAAAAGACCCGAACGACAACAGCGUGUCACCCAUCACGGUCACCGCCGUCGCGUCCGAGCACAAGGCGCCGUCGAGUGGCAUGGGCUACCCGCAGCGCAGCAUGAUGUCGGAGCUGCAGUCGCCGAUGCUCCACAACAACGGCAACAGCAUGCACCCGUCGAUGGCCAACCACCAUCAUGGCAUGUACCAGGGCCACGACAUGUACAACCAGAGCUACCCGUCGCCGCACCACCAGCAGCAGCACUAUCACCAAGGCGGCUUCAACGCCGCCGACCAGUUUAUGCACAAGAUGAACCCGGGCAACGGCGGCGGCUACGACGCCAACUACCACAACCCGUCGUCGUCGUACGGUCAGUACCCGCCGAUGGGCUAUCCCCGUGGCCAAUACACGCCGCACCAGCAGCCGUACCCGACGCAAGAUGGCAGCAAUUACCACCCGACGCACCACCACCACGUGCAACAACCGCCGCAGCAGCAUCCGACACAGGCGCAUCAACCUGUUGUGUCGCAACCGACGUCGUCGGUCAAGAUGGACCUGCACGCCGGCAGCAACAUGAGCUUCCCCAUGGGCAACCCGGCAGCGUCUUUUGCGCAGCAGAUGCGGUCGUCGUCACCGCCGACGAACGAGCAUGCGUUCAAGCCGCCGGCCCCGAUGCGUCAAAGCUCGGGCAGCACAGUGGCCUCGUCGUUCGUCCAGUCGCUCAGCAGCGGCGGCAAGACCGAGUCCAAGACGCCACUCAACAUUGCUGCGUCGUUUGCGCAGGCGCACUACAGCGCGCCCAAGAGCCCGGGCAACGAUGGCAUUCCGAGCAACCCGUUCCUCAAGACCAACGGCGGCAACGCCAACCACAACGUGGCGGCGUCGUUCGCUGCGCAGGCGGCCGGCGGUCGUCCGAACCUCGCAGCGGCGUUUGCGCAGCAGCAGCAGCCAAUGAUGUCCAACAACAGUGACGAUGCGCAAAACAAGCGGCCGCGCCUCCCUCUGAGCAUGGACGCGGCGCGGGCAUCGGCGGCGCGGCGCAUGCGUCAGAACGACAACCACGGCGACUUUGUCAACGGCAGCGACGCGCCGCCGCCACCUGGCGACGUCAACCGCCUCUCGGUCUCGGACAUCAACCUGAGCGAGCUCGGUCCGAUCGAAGAGAUGUGGCGCGUCUCGAGCGACAUGAACCGACUUUCGUUGUAGUUGUGUGCGGAGCUGAAGAAGACGAUACAGUAGCGUGCACUCGAGUAUAAGAGAGAGAUAAAGUGGUCCGUGGUUGAAACAUUGAUAGUAGUGCGUCGUAUGCACGCUGUCGCCCACGUCAACUCGU